CUUUGUUACUAUAUUGUUCUCUACGCUUGUUAACAAAAUUUGAGCUCCAAGAAGCUGCAGUACUGAACAUCAAGCUCUUGACCAGAGAGUGAAAGAGAGAGAGAGAGUUGUAAUGGCAAGGGAUGGAACUUCAAGCUGUAGAGACAGCCAAUGGUCUCUCAAAGGAGCAACUGCUCUUGUUACUGGUGGAACAAAAGGAAUUGGGCAUGCUGUUGUGGAAGAGUUGACAGCGCUAGGGGCAACAGUUUAUACGUGCUCGCGCAACGAAGAUCAGCUGAAUGAAUGCUUGAAAGAAUGGAGGACGAAAGGUUUACAAGUUGUUGGUUCAGUCUGUGAUGUAGCCUCUCCAGCUGAAAGGGAAAGGCUGAUGAACAAAGUUUCCUCUCUCUUUACUGGGAAACUCAACAUCCUUAUAAACAAUGUGGGGACGAACACUUGGAAACCGACCAUGGAUUACACAGCUGAAGAACUGUCAACUAUGAUGAGUACCAAUUUUGAAUCUGCUUUCCAUUUCUGCCAACUUGCUUAUCCCCUUCUCAAAGCAUCAGGAGCUGGAUGCAUUGUUUUUGUUUCUUCUGUUGCUGGUGUGCUCUCGCUCAAUAUUGGAUCUAUCUAUGGAGCAACUAAAGGAGCAAUGAAUCAGCUGACUAUGAAUUUGGCAUGUGAGUGGGCAAAAGACAAUAUCAGGAGCAAUUGUGUUGCACCUUAUUUCAUUAGAACCCCACUUGUUGAACCAAUUCUCAGUAGCAAAGAAUUUCUGGCAGCUCUGAACUCUCGAACCCCUCUCGGUCGCCCUGGACAGCCCAAAGAGGUUGCCCAUUUGGUAGCAUUCCUAUGCCUUCCAGCAGCCUCCUACAUAACUGGGCAAAUUAUUUGUGUUGAUGGUGGGGUGACAGCAAAUGGGUUCUUCUUCCCAAGAGCAAGACUUUGAACAAGAACAAAGAGAUGGGUUUAGGAUUUAAUUUGACCCCAAAACCUGGAGUUUUAAUAAGCGAUUUCUAUUUUGUUGUCCUAUUUAAGACAUUAAUGUUCAAUCAUAUUUGUAUAGGUGUAAUCAUUUGUUCUUUACCAAGCAAGUAGAUGUUGGCUUUCCCUGGUGACUUGUUCUUCAUCGAAAGCUCGAUAAAUGUCAUGGGAACUUAAUUUCUAGUCCUUGGGCUUCAAGACAAACAUCUUGUCAUGCUAGACUUUUGCCGUAAAAAGGAAAAAGCCGACAGAUGAUCAUGAAUUGUGAUGAACAGCUUUGAACGAGCAGGAGCUUGACGUUCAUUGAUUCGUGUUCUUCCCAAUUGAAUGAAAAGACCAGCAAAUUUUGUUGUA